AUGGCGAAAAGGCUACGGAGGCGACAACAAGUCAAAGAUGACGACACGCUUGAUCGAAUUAGCAUGCUUCCCGAUGAUAUACUAUUGUUAAUAUUAUCUUCGUUGAGCUUUAAAGAGUCUGUAAAGACUAGCGUACUUUGCUCUCGAUGGAGGGACUUGUGGAUUCUCUUACCCGAACUAGAUCUCGAUCUCGAUUCGACAUCAAUACUAUUACAAUACCACCGGAGAGGUCAUAACAUCAACAGGUUAAGAUGCGAUUAUGUUAGAUGGGUUGAUCGCAUAUUCACCCUACUCCCCAAAUCCUCUACUAACCUUGUCAGAUUCCGAGUGGCAUUCGAUUUACCUUCACUUUUCAGUGGAUUUGUCGAUUAUUGGGUUAGCUCCGCUGUGAGUAGAAAGGUUGAGAGUCUUGAUUUGAUCUUGAAUACCUACUCCUACUCAUCAGAAGAGUUUUACUAUUUCCCAUACCAUAAAGAGAAUUUCCCUGACAAUCUGAAGCUGCUGAAGAAACUGAGUUUGCAUUGUGUGAAUGUGAGUGAUGCGGCUGUGGCGUUUUUGUUGGGGAACUGUAGUCUCCUCGAGCAACUGUCUCUAUCUCGGUGUGGAAGCAAGCUUUCGUCUCUCAAGGUUGGUGGGACGUUGCCGGUAUUCAAAUGCCUAGAAAUCAGCCAGUGCCCUAGUCUCUCUUCAGUUGUUGUUCGUGAUUCGAACAUUGUUUGCAUCAAGUACGCUGGUCUGGGCAGACCACAUUGUCGUUUCAAGCUCAUCUGUGUUCCUCAUCUUACUCAGCUCUGGAUUCAGACCGCGCAUGAGCAGGAGAUGCUGUAUUAUAUUAUGAACAUCAGACGCAUUAUACACAUGUUUGAUUCUGUGCUUCCACAACUACACACGCUCAAGAUAUACUCCAACUACAAACUUACCUGCUUUGACACUUUGAAGAAGAUGAUGCCUAAACUUAAGGAAUUGGUGGUGGUGGUUCAGAGUGGCUAUAGUGACAAUUGUUCUCUCAUGCCAAUCAUAAGAUGGUUUAAGGUGGCACCUUGCUUGCAAAGAUUUGUUCUAGAGGCGUCACGCCAAGAUGAGACCAAUACAAAAGAUAAUGUGUUGUGGGGUUUGAAAAGGGAUUGCUUGAUUAAUGGUAGUGAUUAUGAUGUUUCGGACAUUAACCGCAGUAAGAAAGUUAAACAGACUUAUUUUAUCAAGGAAGUAGAGUUUUUUGGCUAUCAUGGAGUGCGUAAUCAUCUUCAAAUCAUUAGUCAGUUGGUGCGACACGGUGUUGCACUAGAGAGGAUAGUCGUGGAUCCACGAUCUUUCGAGCUUCGUCAGAAUAUGCCGUGGGAUCGCAUUUCCCGAAACCAAAUGGAGGAUGAAAUAAUUGCAAGAGAGCUUGCAAAGAAUCAACUUAGAUAUGUUACUAAAAGAAUAAAAGUUAACAUUCUUUAG